CCCAUGCAAUCGUCGGCGCCAGCCAACUCGUACACCCCGGCCGCCGUCCUCCGCCUCCUUCGCCGCCUCCCCCGCCGGAGGGCAACCGCCGCCGCUCACCAACUUCACGCGCUCCUCGCCAAGCUCGGCCUCCUCCUCCACCCCACCUUCCUUCCCGCUCUCCUCUCUCACCUUCCGGCCACCUCCAGUUCCUCCCUGCCCCUCCUCCUCGCCGCCCCUCCCAACGUCCUCACCCCGUCCCUCUUCUGCCCUGUCAUCGCCGCGUUCUCCAUCUCUCCCGUGCCGUCCUGCUCGCUCGUCCUCUUCAACCACGUCUCCUCCCUAUCCCUCCCCACCCCGCUCCCCUCCUUCCCCGCUCUCCUGAAGUCCUGCGCGCGCGCUUUCAAGCUCAGCUCCGGCGCCAGAGCUGCUGCGGUGUUUGCCGCCAAGGGGGCCGAGCUGCAUUGCCGUGUACUCAAGUUGGGAUGCAGUGAGGAUCGGUACGUCCAAAACGCGCUCGUGUCCAUGUACGGCAAGCUCUGUCUCCUCGGGGACGCAAGGAAGGUGUUUGCUGAAAUGCCUGUGAAGAAUGCCGUCUCUUGGAAUGCACUCGCCGGGGCUCAUGGCGUUGCUGGGGACUUGAAGGGUGCGGAGGGUGUCUCUCAGGCGACUCCAGCAAGGAACGUAUCGUGGUGGAACACGGAGAUAAUGAGAAAUGUGAGGCUCGGGGAUAUGGCUGAGGCAACAAGGAUUUUCGUGGAGAUGCCUGAGAGGGAUGCUGUGUCCUGGAACUCCAUUAUUGGUGGCUAUGCAAAGCUUGGGAUGUAUGACCGAGCAUUAGAUGUUUUUCGAGAGAUGCAGGAGAGUGGUAUGGAACCAACAGAGCUGACGGUUGUGUCAGCACUUUGGGCUUGUGCAGGGACAGGAGAGCUAGAGCUGGGGAGGAGAAUCCACAGUUACCUUGCAAGCAAGGGCAUUGCAGCUGAUGGGUAUGUUGGCAAUGCUCUGGUCAAUAUGUAUGCAAAAUGUGGCAGCUUGAAGCUCGCCAGACAAGUCUUCUACGGCAUGUCAAUCAGGGAUGUUACAUGCUGGAAUGCAAUGAUUAUUGGGUUGUCGGUCCAUGGCCACUCGUGUGAUGCCCUGAAGCUGUUUGAUUCUAUGAAGAUUGAGCCUGAUCAUGUCACGUUUUUGGGUGUCUUGACUGCUUGCAGCCAUGGUGGCCUAGUGAAUGAGGGAAGAGCAUAUUUUAAUAGCAUGAUUGGAGACUACAAAAUUGUGCCUACUAUGAAGCACUAUGGUUGUAUGAUAGAUAUGCUCUGCCGCUAUGGUGAAGUUCAUGAGGCUUAUCGAAUGAUCAAGGAUAUGCCUAUCAAGGCUAAUUCCGUGCUGUGGAAGAUGGUUAUGGCUGCAUGCAGAGUGCACGGUCACUUUGACCUUGCUAACAAAGCUUUCCAUGAACUGCAUCAGUUGAUGCCAAUGGAUGAUGGGGAUGUUAUCACAAUAUCAAAUGCUUAUGCACAGGCAGAAUGGUGGGAUGAUGUUGAACAUCUGAGAACGAAGGUGAUAGGAUGCAGUGCUUCAAAGCAUGCUGCACACAGUCAGGUUCAUGUAAGAUAGCCAACCAAUAUAGCUGCCACAAACAACAUGGAGCAAUGAUAAGAUUGAACUGCAGGAGAUCUCUUGGCUUAUAUAACUGAAGUAUCGUAGCUCCAUUGGCUGCGUUGGUGGCCAUUACUGCUUGCAGUCCUCUAGACUGCAUACUUAAUUGUGAUUAAAGAAAAGGUGAUUGGUGAGGGAUGUUUCUAUCUCCAAAAUAUUGUCUGAAGUCCAAGAACUCUCUUGAUCUGACACUGACCGCAACUGGUUUACAAGACAUGUGGUAAGUAUUUUUUUUUAAUUCCAACAAGUUCAGCUGCAGCAGAUUGUCCAAAUACUACCUACUUUAGCUCUAGUGCUGCAAUACCCACAUGUGCAUUUAAGAGGAAGUGGUAUUUUCGCUAGUGCCUGCAGCUCUACUGGCUACUACUGCACGUCUGCACCUGAGAGUCACAGUUCGUCCUUGCAAAAGUGUGGUCAGUUUGAUCAGUGAAAUGGAUUGCAUUAUAUUUACUCCUAAUUAAGAGAAAACUUAGAUAUGUGCAGUAGGGAGCGUACGCAAGAGAUCGUAAAUAAUCGAGCGAAAGUAACAUGGAUCUUGGAACCAUGUAUAGAACGGUAUGUUUUGGAAACAAACACCGAAAGCUAUGAUGAUACGGACUAUGCGUGCAUAUUUUCUCGUGGUUGGCAGAAUCGAGUUGAUGCAUAUACAUGCUUGUGUGUUUUGGUACCAAGAACUUAAGCCAGGUUUGUCGUCAUGUAUAGGUUAUAGUCACAGGUGUGGUGUGGUGUGGACCGUGGAGGUAUGAAAUGCAAUGUUUGUCACCAAAUAAACAAGCAUUCAGCGGCUGGCUAUUGCUACACAUAUAGCAAGGUUGCCAUCGGCACCAACUCAUUGCAACAUCGCAAUGUUACUUGUUUCUUUCCAUCCAAAUUUAGGGAAAAGCAAGCAAAAGAGAAAAUGCCUUUUAUUUCCCGGCCCUCCCCUCUAUAUAAACCCUGCUGCUACUAGAUAGCCGUCGUCAAUUCACACUCGCAGCAUCUCACACCAAUCGAGGCCGGCCAUGGCUCGCCCUGCAUGCCAGCAGCAGCUCGCCGUCGUGCUCCUGAUGCUGGCGCUGUUCCUGGCGGCGCCGUCUGUGAUCAGCGCGGUGACGUGCGGGCAGGUGGCGGGUUACCUGACCCCGUGCAUCAGCUACGCCAUGGGCCAUGGCAGCGCCCCGCCGGAGGCCUGCUGCUCCGGCGUGAGGAACCUGAACGCGGCGGCCCGCAGCACCGCCGACCGGCAGGCCGCCUGCAAGUGCCUGAAGCAGAUCACCGGCAGCAUGCCGGCGCUGAAGCCGGACAUCGUGGCCGGCAUCCCCAGCAAGUGCGGCGUCGACAUCCCAUACCCCAUCAGGCCCUCCACCGACUGCGCCAAGGUGCAGUGAGAGAGCAAGAAGCAUGCAUGCAUGGUGAAUACUAAUAAAGAUCGAUCCAUCGAGCUGCAUGUGAUUACUUGUACAAGCACUUUAUUAAUUAUCUACUCAUCAACGCUCUAGGGGUCGAUAAGUGAGAGAAUGAAAUUAAGAGCCUCGAUCGAUGUAUAGCAUCCAAGGACCAUGUACUUUCUUAAACCAAAUCAAUCAACUACAGGUCUCCUAAGCUGCUAC